AUGUCACUUGCAGUCGAAGCUGUAAAGGACUUUCUCCUGAAGCUUCAGGAUGACAUAUGUGAAGCUAUCGAGGCGGAAGACGGACAGGCAAUGUUCAUGGAGGAUAAGUGGACACGCGAGGGCGGCGGUGGCGGCCGCACGCGCGUCAUAGCGAACGGUGCCGUGAUCGAAAAGGGCGGCGUGAACUUUUCACACGUGUAUGGGAAGGGGAUGCCAGGGUCCUCAACGGAGCGGCACCCUGACAUGGCUGGUUGCAACUUCCAGGCGAUGGGAGUCUCGCUUGUUAUUCAUCCAAAGAGCCCCCACGUCCCCACAUCGCACGCGAACGUGCGUCUCUUUGUUGCCGAGAGGGAAGGCAAGGAGCCGGUGUGGUGGUUCGGUGGCGGCUUCGACCUCACGCCGUACUAUGCUGUGGAGGAAGACUGCCGCUACUUCCACCAAGUCGCACAGGACCUCUGCAAGCCCUUCGGCGCUGACGUGUACGCACGCUUCAAGACGUGGUGUGACGAGUAUUUCUUCAUCCCUCACCGAAACGAGGCCCGCGGUAUUGGCGGCCUGUUCUUCGACGAUCUGAACGAGUGGCCGUUUGAGAAAUGCUUCGAAUUUGUGCAGGCGGUGGGCAAGGGGUUCAUUGAUGCGUACAUCCCAAUUGUGAACCGGCGCAAGAACACUCCAUACACAGAACAGCAGGUGGAGUUCCAGGAGUUCCGCCGCGGACGGUACGCGGAGUUCAACCUGGUGAUUGACCGCGGCACGAAGUUCGGCCUUCAGUCUGGCGGUCGCACCGAGUCCAUCUUGAUUUCACUGCCGCCGCGUGCGCGCUGGGGCUACAAUUGGCAGCCAGAACCUGGCACGCCGGAGGCGCGGUUGACGGAGUACUUUUUGACGAAGAAGCAGUGGGUGUAG